GAAGCGAGGGAGGGAGAGAAGCGAGGAGGGAGAGAAGCGAGGGAGGGAGAGAAGCGCCGCAAAGCGAGCAUGAGGUUUUCACUUUCUAUUCUCCGCUCAGUAGCAGUCAGAGGAGUCCACGUUGAGGCACAACAGAAGUGCCUCCCUUGAAGCCUGUAGCUGUUUGGAACUGCUAAGACACACCAGGAGUCCAAGGACUGCCAACCCUGCCCUCUGAGCUUUCUGACCCAUGGUUGUGCCCCCAUCCCACCCAUAAUCCCUCCAUGCCACGUCUACCCUUCUCUGGAACUGUGAUUCUCUUCCAUCUGUGUGGGUGAGAGGGGACUGUCCUCUCACUGUCCCUCCACUCUCUCCCCUGCUCCCAGCUCCCUCUGCACGUCGUAAGCCAACCAGAUCAAUAACGUCUUUCGCCAUCUGUCUCGCCUGACAGUUCAGCUGAGGAGAAAGGUAAAGAGUGUGAGAGAGAGAGAGAGCGAGAGAGAGGAGAGAAAUGAGCUCAGAAGUUGGUCCAGCCUGCAAAAAGCAAGCCGUCAGUGCCACAAUCCCAUACCCUGGGGGACAGGCACUGCAGGAAUCUCAUCAGUCCCAGUAAAAGGCUCUUAAGAUGGGCCAUAGAUCCUAGGAGACUCCCAGGUCAACCUCCACAAGCAGGCCGAGGAUAGAAAACACUUUUAGAUUGGAUUGUUUUAUUUUAUCUUCUUUAGUUUGAUUUCUCUCAGGAGCAAACAUUCGCACACACUGAGACCUCCCUUUCGUUUUUAUAUCGGUCGCUCUUAAUCGACUACUCCUGACUGGUUCAAAAUGGCAGUCAACGUGACUCCUAUUCGGGACACAAAAUGGCUGACCCUGGAGGUGUGUCGUGAGUUCCAGAGAGGGACGUGCUCGCGACCGGACAGCGAGUGUAAGUUUGCCCACCCUGCCAAGAGCUGCCAGGUGGAGAAUGGACGAAUCAUCGCCUGCUUUGACUCCCUCAAGGGUCGUUGUUCCAGGGAGAACUGUAAGUACCUACACCCUCCUCCUCACCUGAAGACCCAGCUGGAGAUCAACGGCAGGAACAAUCUGAUCCAACAGAAGAACAUGGCCAUGCUGGCACAGCAGAUGCAGCUGGCCAAUGCCAUGAUGCCCAGCACACAGCUACAUCCUACAUGUAUGCCGGUCCCUAUGUUCUCUGUGACGCCCAGCCUUGCCUCCAAUAUCAGUCCUGCUGCGGUGGCCGCUGCGUUUAACCCCUACUUGGGCCCGGUGUCGCCCGGCCUGAUGCCUUCUGAGAUCAUGUCCAGCGCCCCGGUCCUGGUGACCAGUAACCCCAAUGUCUCCAUGCCCUCUGCUGCUGCUGCACAGAGACUCAUGAGGACAGACAGACUGGAGGUGUGUCGGGAGUACCAGAGAGGUAACUGUACGCGGGGGGAGAAUGACUGUCGCUUCUCCCACCCCUCAGACAGCACCAUGAUAGACACCAACGACAACACCGUGACCGUGUGUAUGGACUACAUAAAGGGUCGCUGCUCCAGGGAGAAGUGUAAAUACUUCCACCCUCCAGCCCACCUGCAGGCCAAGAUAAAGGCUGGCCAACACCAGGUCAACCAGGCUGCCGCUGCAGCAGCCAUGGGUCUCCCACCUGUUUUACCUACAUUACCAAAGAGACCCACACUUGAAAAAUCCAACGGUGCCCCUGCCAUGUUCAACGCCGCUGGCAUGUUCCAGUACCAACAGGCCCUGGCCAACAUGCCGUUUCAGCAGCAGUUCAUCCCGUCAGGCUCAAUAUUGUGCAUGACACCUGCAACAACUGUUGUACCCAUGAUGCACGGUGCCACGCCUGCCACUGUGUCUGCAGCCACCUCCUCUGCCACAAGCGUUCCCUUUGCAACCGCAACAGCCAAUCAGAUUCCAUUAAUAUCUACAGAUCAUCUUACUAGGCACAAGUAUGAGACUCAGAUCUAGAAAUCUCAAGCAGAACAAUGAAACUGCAGUUUUCCGGUGUCCCACAAGUCCCCACCCUUCAUGCCUGUAAACAUGCCUGUAGAAGAGAUUAUAUUAGAGCCUGUAAUGUCCAACCACCUGUAAACUCUAGUGGCACUGACAUCAUAAAGGUGGUGAACAUGUGCAUUCCACACACAACACUGGUGGGCCUCGUAAAGAGAAGAACUAUUGCCAUCUACAGAACGUUAUCAGCCAUGCCUUUAUGUCUGUGGAGGCAUCAUCCAUUAAUAAAACACAGGACACACUGUGAAGGUCACCACGAGGAGAUAGUCACGCCCACUAGUCUGUCAGCAGACCAAGAUUCUCUUAGAUGAUGUUUUCAGUUCGGUUUCUUUCACUGAUAUCAUUUUUCAUGGUUUGCACAAAGAAAAGGUACAUCUUGUAUUUUAAAUGGGGGGGGUGAACAGGAAUAGUACCUAAUAGCCAUAUUAGACUGAAUGAAUUGUGACUUGUUUGUAGAUGACUUGGUCCUUACAAGGCAAACUUGGUUGAAAUGGGUUAGUGGGCUUGGUGCCAAAAUGACAGCUGAAUGUUUUGUGUUUACUAAGCAUUUUGUGUUUUUAAUCACAUUUCCAGAUUUACUAGAUCUGCUGCAAACUCUACGUAAAAUACCAUAGACUUUAUCUAUGUACAUCCCUCCGCCCCACCCCUUUAAAAUAUAGAGUAUUAUGAUGUCAUUAGAUCCGUGUUACAGUGUUAACAUGGGCGACGCCUUCAAACUCUCUAGUGGCCCCUAGGUUCCUUGGAUGUUUGUCUUAAGUUUGUUGUCAUUAACAGAUGACCCAUUCAUGGUCCUCGCCUCUUGGGCACGCAGUUACCUACCUUAGGUUGUCUGAUUUACCUCUGGCCUUCUGUUGGUCUUCUUCUGACUUGCCUUGAGCAAAAUGCUCUCUGGGUAUAGUCUAUAGGCUCGAGUUGGUUCUGUUAGGAUCCGGUCCUCUCUGGGUAUAGUCUAUAGGCUCGAGUUGGUUCUGUUAGGACCCAGUCCUCUCUGGGUAUAGUCUAUAGACUCUAGUUGGUUCUGUUAGGACCCAGUCCUCUCUGUCUCUGGGUAUAGUCUAUAGACUCUAGUUGGUUCUGUUAGGACCCGGUCCUCUGUGGGUAUAGACUAUAGACUCUGGUUGGUUCUGUUAGGACCCAGUCCUCUCUGUCUCUGGGUAUAGUCUAUAGACUCUAGUUGGUUCUGUUAGGACCCGGUCCUCUCUGGGUAUAGUCUAUAGACUCUAGUUGGUUCUGUUAGGACCCGGUCCUCUCUGGGUAUAGUCUAUAGACACUAGUUGGUUCUGUUAGGACCCAGUCCUCUCUGGGUAUAGUCUGUAGACUCUAGUUGGUUCUGUUAGGACCCGGUCCUCUCUGGGUAUAGUCUAUAGACUCUAGUUGGUUCUGUUAGGACCCAGUCCUCUCUGUCUCUGGGUAUAGUCUAUAGGCUCUAGUUGGUUCUGUUAGGACCCGGUCCUCUCUGGGUAUAGUCUAUAGGCUCGAGUUGGUUCUGUUAGGACCCAGUCCUCUCUGGGUAUAGUCUAUAGACUCUAGUUGGUUCUGUUAGGACCCAGUCCUCUCUGUCUCUGGGUAUAGUCUAUAGACUCUAGUUGGUUCUGUUAGGACCCGGUCCUCUGUGGGUAUAGACUAUAGACUCUGGUUGGUUCUGUUAGGACCCAGUCCUCUCUGUCUCUGGGUAUAGUCUAUAGACUCUAGUUGGUUCUGUUAGGACCCAGUUCUCUCUGGGUAUAGUCUGUAGACUCUAGUUGGUUCUGUUAGGACCCGGUCCUCUCUGGGUAUAGUCUAUAGACUCUAGUUGGUUCUGUUAGGACCCAGUCCUCUCUGUCUCUGGGUAUAGUCUAUAGACUCUAGUUGGUUCUGUUAGACCCGGUCCUCUCUGUCUGGGUAUAGUCUAUAGACUCUAGUUGGUUCUGUUAGGAUCCGGUCCUCUCUGGGUAUAGUCUAUAGACUCUAGUUGGUUCUGUUAGGACCCAGUCCUCUCUGUCUCUGGGUAUAGUCUAUAGACUCUAGUUGGUUCUGUUAGACCCGGUCCUCUCUGUCUGGGUAUAGUCUAUAGACUCUAGUUGGUUCUGUUAGGAUCCGGUCCUCUCUGGGUAUAGUCUAUAGACUCUAGUUGGUUCUGUUAGGACCCGGUCCUCUCUGGGUAUAGACUAUAGACUCUAGUUGGUUCUGUUAGGACCCAGUCCUCUAUGUCUCUGGGUAUAGUCUAUAGACCCUAGUUGGUUCUGUUAGGACCCGGUCCUCUCUGGGUAUAGUCUAUAGACUCUAGUUGGUUCUGUUAGGACCCAGUCCUCUCUAGGUAUAGUCUAUAGACUCUAGUUGGUUCUGUUAGACCCGGUCCUCUCUGGGUAUAGUCUAUAGACUCUAGUUGGUUCUGUUAGACCCGGUCCUCUCUGUCUCUGGGUAUAGUCUAUAGACUAGUAGGUUCUGUUAGGACCCAGUCCUCUCUGGGUAUAGUCUAUCUCACUAGUGAUGGAAAAAGGGUAAAUGCUCUAGAAAAGGAAUGAUAGAAUGAAGAACUGUUGAAAGUUGCGUGAUAAACCAAAUCACUGAGAGGAGUGAGAAGUUUCAAAGAGUUGCUGAGUGGUGAGAAAAGUACCCAAUUGUCAUUCUUGAGUAAAAGUAUAGAUACCUUAAUAGAAAGUUACUGAAGUAAAAAUGAAAGUCACCCAGUAAAAUACUACUUGAGUAAAAGUCUAAAAGUAUUUGGUUUUAAAUAUACUGAAGUAUAAAAAGUAAAUGUAAUUGCUCAAAUAUAUUAAGUAUCAAAAGUUAAAGUAAAACCAUAAAUAAUUAAAAAUGUCCUUAUAUUAACGAAAACAGACGGCACAAUUUUUUUGUUUUCAAAAUCAAUGGAUAGCAAGGGGCACACUCCAACACUCAGACACUAUUUACAAAAUAUGCAUUUGUGUUUAGUCGUCCGCCAGGCCGGACGCAGUAGGGAUGACCACGUGUUCUCUUGAUAAGUGUGUGUUUCCUGUCCCACUAAGCAUUCAGAAUGGAACGAGUACUUUCGGUUGUCAGGGAAAAUGUAUGGAGUAAAAAGUACAAUAUUUUCUUUAGGAAUGUAGUGGAGGAAAUGUACAAGUUGUCAAAAAUAUAAAUAGUAAAGUAAAGUACAGAUACCCCAAAAAAUUAAGUAGUACUUUCAAAUAUUUUUACUUAAGCACUUUACACCACUGAGGGUGGCUUAUAGUUGAGUUGCAAUGCCAGUUUUAAUGUGGUGUUGUUUGUAUUUUAUUACAAUUCAUUCAACAACAACAACAAAUCAUAUUAAGUGCAUUGCAUGUGGACAUUGACAUAAGAGAACUUGUGAAAAACACAUUACGUGUAAUUAAAUGUGAGAUAGUCGGUAUACUUUUGGAUAGUUACAGCCAAAGGUUUUUUUGCUCUUGUGUUUUUUUUUUCUCUCUUCCUGUGUUGCUUUUCAAUGACAUCUGUGGUAGGGCUAGACGAGCCAAAAUCACAGGUACACUUCUGGAUGGAUGGACGCGUGGGGGAGUGUAGAGUUGUGUAUGGAAACAAUGGGGAGUGUAGAGUUGUGUAUGGAAACAAUGGGGGAGUGUAGAGUUGUGUAUGGAAACAAUGGGGGAGUGUAGAGUGUUUUGUAAAAACUGCUUCUGCAUGCAUUGUGGGUGUUGUUUGUAUGUUGAUUGAUGGCAUGGUAUAAAAGAGUUGGCAAAAGUUUGGCCCUGAUUGUAUUACUCAUCCAAAGCCUUAGAAAACACUACGAGGUCGGCAGCAAUGCAACAUGCCAUUUCAAAUCGUCCUCUUGCCUAACCCUUGCCAUUUUGUCACCACACAGCGUGUGUAUGAUUGUUGCUUAUGUCUUUCCUUCACUGAAAACAUGGUAUUUGUUUUUGAGUUAAGUCGUUGAAGAAGAUGAAUGUGUUAUUUAAUUUUGUUUAGUGCACGGAUUACAUUUUUGGAUAUUUUUGUUAAAGGUGUUUUGUCUCACUAGAUUUUCACCUGUAACUUUUGUAGGAUGCUGAAUAUUAGGUAAUAUGUGUGUUUUUUUUGUGUUCUUCAUACCAUAUUUAGUUUUCUGAAAUGUCAUGUAACAUUGAUUUGAAUAUUACUGUUAGUGUUAUGAUUGUAAACACAUUUGUUUGGGGGGGUUUGUUUGUUUUCUGUGACCUGUAAGAAUUUUGUUAAUAUCUUGUCUGUUUGAGUUCUUCGAACAAAGAUUUUUUUUUAUGGGUAUCUGACAUUGAGGAAAUUAUAGAUAAAUGAGGCCUGCUGCGGUAACCAU